GACAAGCCUAAAGAGAAUCCCUUCAUUCAAGGGCAGGAGAGUCAAGCUGAACCAAGGUCUGUUCCCUUCAUCCCUGGACAAGAAUAUCAGAAGUUUGACUACAAAGUAAAAGUGAUCAGGAGAAGAAAGAGGAGUGGUGUGCGAGGCAGAAGAAAGAGAAGACCAAAGAUCAGGGGCGAUUUGUAUGACGGGUGGACGGCAGAAAGUACUACACGACUGGCGAUGGUUGUGUUCUUUCUUCACCUGGAAAACAACUCCAACAACAUCGCUACAAGACGAGUUUAAAGAAGUGUAUAUGGAAGAUGUUGAGAAGACUGCAAGGCAGGAAGAUGCUGGUGUUAGAAUACAGAAAGAACUUGAUGACAAGGUGGUGGUGGUUGUAAGAGACGAAAAAGGUGACUAUAAAGAGACGACACUGACUAGUGAUAUCAGAGACGAGGAGCUAAAGUUGGAAAAUGACAUCACAGAGGAAGAAAACAAUGACUGCGUUGUGGAACAGAAAGUAGCGAUUCAAAAGGAUGACAAAUCGAAUAUGGAAGAUAGUUGCACGAUUAAAAGUGUUGCUUCUGAAUGCUGUCCAGUACGAAGAUUGGAGACUCAUGUCUUGCAGAAGACAGACAAGCCAAAGACUUAUAACGUGGUUCCACUGAAACAGCUUGAGAGCAAAGUUCAGUUACCAGUUAGGACUGAAACUGUUGCUUCUGAAUGCUGUCCCGUACGAAGAUUGGAGACUCAUGUCUUGCAGAAGACAGACAAGCCAAAGACGUUUAACCUGGUUCCACUGAAACAGGUUGAGAGCAAACCUUCCACUCAGCUGCAAGUUACAGAAGCAUCUUUGGAGGUCGGUGAAGCAAAGUCCCAUGACGUCAGUACUUCGAGUUGUUAUCGUAAAGAGAUAUGGGACACUCAUGUCCUACAGAAGACAGACGACCCAAAGACCUUCAAUCUGGUUCCAUUGCAAAAGAAACGACUGCAAGAUGACAAAGUUGUCAAAAGUACUUCAUGGAGUAAAGAUGUAAUUCCUAACACAUCCACAAGGGACGCGGAGUUGCAGUCCAGUGGCUUAUCUACACCUAGACUCGUGUUCAGCAAAGAAAGAUCAACUUUCAAAGAUGAUAGUCAACCAGAAAGAAAAUCGAGAGAAAACAACCAAAAGAAAGAUCACAUACCAUCACCUAGUCGUUUUUAUUACAAGCCAAAUAAGAAUUCUCAUUAUUCUAAUUCCAAGCGAACUGGAGGUCCAUCCUGCAGAGAGGAGAUGGGUUUGUCCUGGCGUAACCGAUCCAAAGAAUCUGCCGAAUCAUCCAAAGGUCAUAUGUAUUUAAGCUGGCGUCAAAAGGAAUGUCAAAGUUUUGGAUCAUCUAUGUCUAGCAACUGGCGACAGCACGAUUAUACUGCAAGGUCUUCUUCUAGAACAGCUCAGCCAUUAAGUUGGCGUAAACACAAGGAGAAUGCUAGAGACUCUCCUAAUGAAGAGAUGCGUUACAACUGGAGAAAUGACAGACAAACUAAAGCUCCGUCUUCUGCAUCAAACUGGCGAAUAACAUCCGAGUUUGCAAUGGAAAAACUUCAGAUUCACUAA